GACGGAGAAGAUGAAAAGAAUGGAAUUUGAACAGAUGCAGAAGCAAAACGAGCAGCAGUUGCAAGAUGCUGAACUACGACUUCAGCAUCUGGAAGCGGAAAGAGAGCAUUUGGAUACAGAGUUGCGAGCUGCACGCGAAAAGGUGAAACGCGCCGAAGAGACUCAAUUUUUAUUGGAAGCACAAAUCGUCACGCGUCCCUUGAGAGGAAGUGAGAGGAUUCGACGUACUCAAAGCUUUAUACCGACAACAAAAGAACGACCGUUGUCCAUAGAAAAAAUUGACAGCAGACCUAUGACAAUACAGAAGAAUAUAUGACAUAGAUAACUAAAAGAUCAAUACCUUUAUCGAAUUGCAUUUAAGUCUUCCACCAAAUAGAGUGACACAAAGAACCUAUAGAAUCUAUUAUAUUGUUGCAGAGCAACUAUAUUAUAUCUUCAUGAAGAAUGUAAAUUCCAUGCGAACUCGGAAUUCGACGUACCUUAUUCUUGAUGCCUUGCUUUAUUCGCAAUCUUAGCCAAAAAGUAUUUAGUUUUAUAGUAUUAUAUCAACAGAUUUUAUAUACGCAAAUUCCCAUUCCUUAUUAUAUUUGAAGAUAUUAUGAUUUUUAUCUUAUAGAAGACAAGAUACAAUGUCCACAUGAUGCGUAUAUAAAUAUCGUACAAAAUAUAUAUUCUUUUUUUAGUGUAUUAUCGUAAAAUAAGAAAAUAUUU